CGUAAACCUGAACCUUUCUGUCUUCGAGCAUGGAACCACGGAGCUGUCACUGUCGUUGACAAUGAACGUUCUUUGACCAGUGCUCGGAUGACCUAGCGCAAAUGAGCGAGUUGACAGCGGCGGAGGCAUCCGCCAGGGACUCGCUGGACCUGGAGGCGGAGGUCAGCGUCAGCUGCGUGGGACGGGGCUUCGUGAGCAUCGCCCAGGUGCCGGACCUGCACCGCCUCACCAACCUGCGCCGGCUCUGCCUGCACGGCAACAACAUUGCGCACAUAGAUGGCCUCACGGGCCUCACCGCGCUCGUGGACCUCAACCUCUCGUCCAACGCCGUGUCGGCCAUCGACGCCGGCGCGCUGCGCGGCCUCACCCGCCUCACAUCGCUUAACCUCGCCAGCAAUCGGCUGCAAACCGUGACCGGCCUGGACGGCCUCUCCAACCUGGAGACCCUCAACCUCUCCUUUAACUACAUCACCAGCAUAGCGGGGCUGGCGGCGCUGGCGGGGCCGCUGUGCAAGCUGAAGAACCUCAACCUGAAGCAGAACCAGCUGCACAACCUGCAAGCCUUCUCGGUGCUGGUGGGCUGCAUGGGGCUGCGCUGGCUGCAGGUGGCCGGCAACCCAGUCUGCAGCCUGCCCAACUACGCGCAGGCGCUCGCGUCCGUGCUGUCACAGGUGACGCAGCUGGACUCCGUGAGCUCGGCGGAGGCUCUGGCCGCGCCCUACGACGUGGCUGCUGCACAGCAGUUCGCGGCCAUGCGGCUGCACAGCUUCGACCCCGCCUCGGCGCUGGGCGGGCCCGGGAUGGCGCCGCCGGCAGCGGUGGUGGCAGCGGCAGCGGCACAAGAAGCGCAGGGCGCAGGGGCGGGGCCGGGGCCGGGAUCCGCAGGAGCGGCGGCGGCGGCCCAGCCGGGGAGCCGGCAGCCGCACCACCCGCACGCACGCGCCCAGUCACAGCACCAGCAGCACCAGGGGCAACAGCAGUACAACCAGCAGCAGCAUCAGCAGCAGUGGGGACCGCCGGGGCGGCAGCAGCCGGGAAACCGGCAGGCAGGGCCGGCGGGCGCGGGGCAAGGUGGCGGGCCGCCGCCUGGGUGGCAGCAGCAGCACCAGGGGGGACAGCAACGGAUGGCUGUGCCGCCGGACCCCGGGCAACAGGGGCAACAGGGGCAACACGGGGGGCAUGGGGACCAGGCAGGGGGGUACCCGCCUGCGGCACGCUGGCCGCAGCACUCGGCGCCAGGCGGCGGCAGCGCGCCUCCUUACACGUCCGGGGCACAACAGCAGCAACAACUACAACAACAGCAGCACCAGCACCAGCAGUAUCAACACCAGCAGCACCAGUACCAGCAGCAGCACCACCAGCAAAUGCAACCAGACACGCGCCCGGCGUCCGACCAGCAGGCAGGAGCGGGAGGCGAGCCAGGGGCAGGUGCAGGGGCUGGGUCAUCCGGGCUGUGGGCAGGGCCAGCGGCAGGGCACCCGCCGCCGCCGCCGCCGCAGCCGCCGCCGCGUGUGGUCAACGUGGUGGUGUGCGAGGCGGCUGUGCAGACGGCGGAGGGCCAGACGCCGCUGGUGCGGAGGCUGCAGGGCGAGGCGGAGCAGCUGCGCAAGCAGCUGGCAGACAUGACGGGGGAGCUGCAGCGGCGCAACGGCUCGGAGGAGGCGCUGCGGGCGGGCAUGGCGGCGGCGGUAGCGGCGGCGCAGGAGGAGGCGCACCGCAAGGUGGAGGACGGAUUCAGGGAGGCCUCGCACGCCGUGUCCAAGGCGCUUCAGGAGCUGGAGUCUGCGCGCAAGGCCGCGGCGGAGGCGGGGCAGCGCGCGGCGGCGCACGCGCGCGGCGAGGAGGAGCUCCGCGGUCGGUGUGUGGCGCUGGAGCAGGACGUGGCCAGGCUUCGUGAUGAGGCCGCGCGGCUAGAUCAGCAGUUGCAGGACCAGCAGCGGUCCGCGGCGGCGGCCCUGGAGGAGGAGCGGCGGCGGGUGGGCGCGCUGGAGGCGGCGGCGCGGGAGGCCGCAGCCGGGAGAGAGGCGGCGGCGGCGGUGCAAGCCGCGGCGGCGGCGGAGCUGGCGGUGGCGAGAGCCGCGGCGCAGGCUGCAGAGGCCAAGGUGGGCAGCCUGGAGGCGGCGCUGCAGCAGAGCAGCAGUGUGGCGGUGUCCAUGACGGCGCAGAUCGCCACCACCAUGGCCGACGCAAAUGCACAGAUCGACAUGCUCAAAUCGCGGCUGGCGGCGGCGGAGCAGCAGCUGUCCGAGCACCAGCGCCGAGACGCCGAGUCGCGGGCCGAGAUCAACCAGCUCACCGCGGCGCUGACGGCGGCACGUGCGCAGCACGAGCGGGAGCUGGAGGCGGCGGCGCGGGCACACCAGGAUGCGCUGAGUGCUGCGGUGGAGAAGGAGCGCGCCGCCGCUGAGGAGAGGGGCAAGGCGGCUGCCGCGCUGCAGGCCCAGACGGAGCGCGGCGGGCUGCAGGAGCAGGCGGCGUUCCUCAAGGCGCAGCUGCAGUUCGUGCUCAAGGAGAGCGACAAGGAGCAGGCGGUGGCGGCGCAGGCGCUGCGGGCGGCGCAGGCGGAGGCGGCGGAGCUGAGGGGGGCGCUGGCGGCGGCGGCGGCCAAGUCGCGCGAGGCGGAGGGCCUGGUGACGGACUUCACGGGGGUGGUGCAGCAGCAGAAGGCGGCCAUUCAGGCGCUGCAGCGAGACAAGGAGGCGCUUGCGGCACGGCUGAAGGCGUGCGGCCCCGAGGCCUACGACGCGCUGGCAGCUGAGAACCUGGGGCUCAAGCGGGCGGUGGCGGAGCGCGACAUGUACCGCGAGCAGGCGGACGACAUGCGGCGGCGCUGGCAGGAGGCGGAGCGGCGGGUCACGGAGCUGCAGGUGUCGGGCUCCCGCGCGGCGGAGGAGCUGGCCUCCCGCCUUCGCAGCGUGGAAGCGGCGGCGGCGGCGGCGCGGGAGGAGGCGGCGCGGGGCGAGGCGGCGGCGGACAGGCUGCGGCAGGAACUGGCGGCGGCGCAGGACGCAGUCAAGAUCAAGGUGGCCAUGCUGGACAGCGCCCACGACACCAUCCAGUCGCUCAAGGCCGAGCUGGGGGACCUGCAGGCGGAGGCGGAUGAGUCCCGGCGCGCGGCGGAGGAGGCGGAGGCGGCGCUGGCGCGGGAGCAGCAGCAGCGCGAGGAGGACGAGGCGGGACUGGGCGAGCGGGCGCAGCUCAGGCAGGAGCUGCAGGCGGCGGAGGCGGCGGCCGCCGGGGCGCGGGCGGCGGCGGCGGAGGCGGCGGGUCGCGCCAAGGAGCUGGAGGCACGGCUGCGCGCGGCCAAUGAGGCGGUGGCGGACAAGGACCGCAUGAUCAAAUACGUGGAGGAGGAGGUCGACCGGGUGAAGGGCCUCUUCGAGAAGCGCGAGCAGCGGAUCCGGGAGGAGCGAGACGCUGCGCGUGCCGACGCCGCCACGGCGGCGGAGGCGGCCGCCGCCGCCGAGGCACGCGCCGCCGAGGCGGCGGUCCGACACGACCGCCUAGCUCGGGAGCUGGAGCACGCGCGGGGGCAGUUGGAGGACGCGGCGGUGCAGCUGACGGAGGCGCGGCGGGCCGCGGCGGAGGCGGGCGAGGCGGCGGCGGCGCGGGGCGCGGAGGCGGCGCGGCUGGCGGCGCGGGUGGGCGAGGUGGAGGGCGAGAUGCGGGCGCUGCUGGAGGCGGUGGAGCGGCAGAAGGCGAGCAGCGUGGUGAAGAUGCGACAGCUGGCCUCGCUGCUGCAGGACCUCUGAUUAGCAAGAGCACAAGGAAACAGCGCAGAGACAGUGUAUGCGAUGCAGCAACGCGACCUCUCAGCGCUGUGUGGCACUGGGAGGAAGCCGGGCUGUGUGCGGUAGGGUACGGCGCUAUGGUUUCAGAUGCGAUGGAUGACGUGUCGAUGUGGAAAGGUACGAUAAGGGAGCGGGUGCUGCGAGGGCAGCGGCGGUACGGUGCGUGCGUGGCGGCACUUGACGGUCAGGCAUAUUGUAAGCUGCGGCCGACGCCGGGGUGCGAGAAGGAAUCAGUGGCGAUGCGUGUCGUAUGGCGCCAGGGUGCCCAGAGGCGGCAGACUAUUCAUGGUGUGACUCACGGAACUGCAUUUCAUUCUCCCUUUUGUGCUGACUGUUAGACGAGCUCGGAUGUAUGACCAGUUGACGCUACUAUAGGACGGGGCGCGUGUUCACGUUACUACCGUAGGACGGGGCUGGGGCCAUUGAAAUCACUGAGUCUGAAGCGGUGGCUGCUGGACACACUUGGACGCCAACGUGGGCUUGGACAUGCGUGCCCUUCACCUUGGACGCCUGUGGGUUUCGCCACUGCCGAGUGCACCUGUUGGGUGACCUUGUGACCUUGGACACUCUACUGAAAGACGUGUACGGGCGGCGGCCCCGUGGCCUUGGUUGCCCUACGCGCACAACACCUGUUGCUGGGUUUAAGUCCGGAAACGCUCUGCAGCAGAUGACGCCGACGCGCCAACUGCCCAUCGCCCUGUUGGCGCCGACGACAAGCACAGGGCAUGAAUGACACGUGGCAUCUUGGCCCUGGAUGAUAUCAGGCCUAUCCGGCUGUCAGGAUCGAGUGAUGG